AACUGCGGUUUAAUCUGGACCAUCGGUCUGUACACCAAGAACCUGCAGCGAGGGAAUCUCUCGCGCAUAGUAAGCGCGGGAAACGUUCCCCGUUCAGAAAGCAGAGGGACGCUGAAACGGAGCCAAUGGAUUAAGAGAGCGAGAAAUUCCAGCAAGGCAUACCUCUGCAUGUUGGAGUUUGUACACAGCGGUGAAAAGAGAAACUGAACAAACAGUAAAUCCAGCAUUGUGACUUUCACUGAAAAGAAUGUGUUCCUUUUCAAAGUGAUCAAGAAGCUACCAGGGAGUUAUGUCUGAAGAGGCUGAAAAAAUGGAAAAACAGCCUCCUGAACCUCCACCAGACCCACGCUGGAAGUUCCUUGUUGGCUACCUCUGUUUCUAUGGCUUCAUGGGCCAGAUUAGACCUGGAGAGAGUUUCAUCACGCCUUACCUGUUGGGAUCGGAGAAGAAUUUCACAAAGAAAGAGGUGACCAAUGAAAUUACCCCUGUCCUAUCAUAUUCCUACAUGGCAGUAUUGGUGCCCAUCUUUCUACUCACAGACUAUCUGCGGUAUAAGCCCAUAUUGGUGCUGCAGAGCUUAAGUCACAUUGCUAUCUGGCUGCUGCUGAUCUUUGGUACCAGCAUCAUUGCCAUGCAGUUCAUGGAAUUCUUCUAUGGCAUCACGAUGGCCACGCGGAUAGCUUACUCCUCCUACAUCUUCAACCUGGUCUCUCCAUCGUGCUAUCAGCGCAUGGCCAGUUAUUCCCGGUCUUCAGUGCUGAUGGGUGUCUUCACCAGUUCCAUGGUGGGACAACUCUGUGUCACAGUUGGAGGCACCACCUUCAUGACAGUGAAUUAUAUCUCAUUGGGCUUCAUGUGCUUUGGGUUGGUCUUGACCCUCUUCCUGAAGCGUCCGAAACGCAGCCUCUUCUUCAACAGGAGCAAGAGCUUGUGUAAUGGUACCUCGCCCUCAGAACUGGACAAAAUGAACCCUGAGGCAGGAGAGCCCAUGUGGUAUAAGGCUUCUUCCUGGAAAAAUCUGCUGUUAUUCCGGCUGAUAAAGGAGUUGGGGACUAUUGUAAGAAUGCCGCAGCUAAGACUUUGGUCCCUUUGGUGGAUAUUCAAUUCUGCUGGCUAUUAUCUGAUGCUUUAUUAUGUGCAUAUUUUAUGGAAUGAAAUAUAUCCUGCCACGGACAACAGAAAGGUCUACAAUGGUGGAGUGGAAGCUGUUUCUACCCUGCUUGGUAUAUAUGAAUAUUUCUUUUCCUCUGAAGUUCCCUGUUUAACUGUAAAGGACUUGUCUCCUCUUGACAAUAAUUUGUGUUUUCCUAGGUGCCAUCACUGCUUUUUCUGCUGGCUUUGUGAAGAUCCGAUGGGCCUUCUGGUCAAAACUGGUGAUUGGGGUUGUGACCGGAGCCCAGGCAAGCCUACUGUUGUUGAUGAACACAACUACCAAUAUUUGGCUGUGCUAUGCGGCCUAUGUCCUCUUCAGGGGCUCCUACCAGUUUCUUGUGCCUAUAGCCAUCUUCCAGAUUGCAUCUUCGCUGUCCAAAGAACUCUGCGCUCUGGUGUUUGGUGUCAAUACUUUCCUUGCCACAGUUCUCAAAACCAUCAUCACUAUCAUCAUAACUGAUAAGAAUGGUCUGGCUCUCUCAGUCCAUUCCCAGUUCUACGUUUACUUUGCUUACUUCACUGUUCUGACCACACUGUAUCUUUUGUCAUUUGUACAUCAUGUGUACAUGAUGGCAAGGCACAAUGCUUGCAAAACACCCCAAGAAGAGACCACACCAGCCAAUGAACUCUGCAGCCCAGUUGAAGAGGAGAACUCGGACAAGGAGGGAAGCCCAGAACUGGCUAGUUCCAAAGCCUGAGAAACGCUACCAUCUGUGUACGUACAUGGAGAUGGAUUUUCCUGCAAGAUCUCCAUUGACAUGAGACCAGUGCACCUCUCAUAACAAUCAGCACUUAUCAAAGUCAAUGCAACCCUAUCUUCACAAUAUUGGAUCUCUGCAGAAGCUCAGAGAAAAGCUUGCUUGGUUUCAAAUGCAACUUUGGUGUAGUUGACUUUUCUGGCAGCUACAGUUCUCCCCAUUUCUUGAGCCAAGUUAUGCUGAAAUAAUAUUUACCAAUAUUGCAAUUGGGCACUUAAUUUUAUGAUCAUAUGAAUUUGCUUUUAAACAUGUAUGUUCUUAGUUCUGUCGUGUAAAUUUGCCAAUCACCAAGAGCAAGUGAGACUAAGGCACUUUUUAAUGUUGAUACUGGUUAAUAUACUGUGAUAAUGACUCAUAAUAAUGCAAGGCACAUUUUUGUUUUCCCUUUAUAGGAAAACAGAGAUACUUCUUGCAUUUUUUUGCAUUCUGGUGAUUGUAAGCUGCCACACUCAGAAAACACAUGUCAAAGAAUGAAAUUACCAGGCUUAAAAAAAAUGCCCUUACAUUCAGGAAAGUACCGACAUGGGACCAAAGUGAACCAGGCAAUCCAAUCUUCUUCAUUAGAAAGCAAGAGCUUGCAUUUUGAUUAAUGAAUUAUGCUCCAGGCCAGAUUUAAGGUUUCAGUGCUCCUCUUUCACAAAACUCAAGCAUUUCUUUUCAAGCCAUUUUUUUAAGUGGAGCUGACUCACACGAUCCCUUCAGGAUGCCCACUGGAGAAGCACGAUUUGAAAGGAAAGUAGGUCAGAACAUAAGCAGAGAAAUUUCAAGCAGCAGCCUGUAUGUAUUUCUAAGCUUGUUGGACAUGUCUGCAGUUCUACUUUACAAUGCUUUUUUUU